GAGCUCGGAGGGCGGCUAAGAUUUCAAGGAGGACCCCCCCCUGCGCAGACCUCCACUGGGCCGGGAUGACUGUUCAGCUGCGGCGGGGAGUGGCCUCCCUCCAGUCGACACGACGAGUAAAUGACACCAGCACUUGCUCUUAGAUUUGUUUCUUUUUUCUUUCUUUUAGCUUCCAUAAUGUUACCGGGCGCUGACGCAAACCCACGCCGGGCAGGAGAGCUCGGAGGGCGGCUAAGAUUUCAAGGAAGACCCCCCCCGCGCAGACCUCCACUGGGCCGGGAUGACUUUUCAAAGCUGCCUCUGCAGCUGCGGCGGGGAGUUGCCUCCCUCCGGUGGACACGACGAGUAAAUACACCAGCACUUGCUCUUAGAUUUGUUUCUUUUUUCUUUCUUUUAGCUUCCAUAAUGUUACCGGGCGCUGACGCAAACGCACGCCGGGCAGGAGAGCUCGGAGGGCGGCUACGAUUUCAAGGAAGCUAUUUAGGAAAAUCUGAGAUAAAUAUAAUUUGCAUAAUAAUUUGGAACACGGUCCCGUGUUCCAAAUUAUUAUGCAAAAUGUAUUUAAGUGUCAUAAAGAUUACAUUUUUUGUUUUUCAAGUAAACUCUCGGUAUUGUAUGACUCUUUAAAUGACUGAAAUCAACCUCAGUUAUGUGAUAGUCACAUGAUAGUCUGCCAGGUGAGCGCAAUUAAGGAAAGUCUAUUUAAGUUCCGCGUUUUUAAGCGUUCGGCCAUUUCAUUCAACCAUGGGGAGGAAAAAGGAUCUCUCUGCUGUUGAGAAGCGUGAAAUCGUUCAAUGCCUUGGACAAGAUAAAGGCACGACGAGGAAGAUUUCUGCAAGACAAAAACGUCGAAUCAAGAGGGCGGCUGCUAGCGUGCCACUACAGACGAGCAAACAAAUAUUCGACGCUGCAUGUGCCGGUGAAGUCCCACGAAGGUCGAGGUGUAGGAUCCUCCAGAGCCUUGCAGUUAUGCGGAAACCCUCCAUUCGGCCACCCCUAAACAACGCGAACAAGCAGAAACGGCUGCAGUGGGCCCAGGAUUACAUGAAGACUAAUUUUCAGACAGUCCUGUUCACUGAUGAGUGCCGUGCAACCUUGGAUGGUCCAGAUGGAUGGAGUCGUGGAUGGUUGGUGGACGGUCACCAUAGCCCAACAAGGCUGCGGCGUCAGCAAGGAGGUGGCGGAGUCAUGUUUUGGGCCGGAAUCAUGGGGAGAGAGCGGCUUGGCCCCUUUAGGGUCCCUGAAGGCGUGAAAAUGACGUCUAUAAAAAUGGCGACAAAUAUGAUUUGCGGGAAAGUAGUGGCAAUGAGGAGUGCUCUGCGUGCAAGGAGCUGGAUUUGUGCAGCUGAUGGCACCUUGUCAAUGCACGGCCAGCACAAUAAUGUAACUGUUGCCCUCUGUGACGGCGAGAAAGCCUAUAAAAUAGUUCUGUUUGAACACUUGGCUGCCCUCGUCACAGAGGGCAACAGUUACAUUUUUUUAAACUUCGGUGUGGACCAACGGGGGCAAGGGCUCCUCACCAAACCCGCCUCAAAAAUCUUCAUGGCGGCCGAAGUGCAAACCAGCCCACAGCUGGAAGAAGAGGCCAGGGCCCCAACUCAGUGGCAUCAUCUCCUCAGGAGGUAGUGAAUAAACUACCUGAGGAGAUGGUGUCACUGGAUGGCGUGAUAACCGAUAUGCGUCCUAUCCGCAUGGUGCGCCAGCGAGGGAACCACCUGGCACCAUUUCGACAUUUGACGCUCAAAAAAGAUGAAGCCACUGUCAAAAUUGGACUUUGGCGGGAGGCUAACCUCGUAGAGCUGAAGGUAGGGGGUUCCUUCGUGUUCACCCACCUGAGUGCCCAGGCGACCGAGUCGGGAGUCAUGCUCCACUCGACAACGUACACGGAUGUAAAGGCCUGCAACUCCAGCCUCAUCAUUACCGUCGUUGGUAUACUCUAUGGGGAAGAGGUGGUGGAUGUUGUGUCGGAUUCGGGGGAAGUGACAGUCAUCAAACUUGAUAUCUGGCAAAAAACCUUCAGCCAGCCCCCCCAUAUCCCACAAGAUGGGAUGCCCAUUACUGUCACCCGUGUGCAGGGUGACGUGACAAAGAUUGAAUGUGUGAAUGAAUGCAUGAAUGAAUGAAUGAAUGAAUGAAUGAAUGAAUUGUUCAAAACAAUUGAAUGUUUGCAAUUUAUUGAAUGCAUGAAUGAAUGGUGAUAAAUAAAUGUUACAUGUUCACUUUUCGAACAACAAAGGACACUGAUGUGUUUGUUUUAUUGAUUUGUUAACACUGACUAUCUCUUUUAUGUAAUGCGUUUGUGCAUUAGUUUGUGGCCUUCUAUUUUCAUAUGUUUCAGAUUCCAUUUGGGAAGGUUAGUGGAUGUAGUUUAUCUUUGAGAGAGCUCUUAUUUUACUCAAUUAACAUACUACAAAUGAGCAAACAAUAUGAUAUCAAACUGGUUACUUUAAAUUUGUACAUAUAAUAUUCAUAACACUUCUAAUUUCUACAUUUUUCCACCGAUUCAACUUGUUCCAACUUUCAACUGUUCAUCUUUUGCCUACCUAUUCCACAACUUCCCACUUACCAAAAACGUCACAUCUUUCAUUUUGAAAUUCAACCCAAAUUCUCUCAAAUUCCAUUUUUCUACUCUAAUUUCUACAUUUUUCAACCGAUUCAACCCAUUCCAACUUUCAACUGUUCAUCAUUUUUCUACCUAUUCCACAAUUUCCCACUUACCAAAAAUUUCACAUCUUUUAUUUUGAAAUUCAGACCCAAUUCCUUUUUCCGUUCUCAUUUCUACAUUUUUCAACCGAUUCAACCCAUUCCAACUUUCAACUCUUUAUCUUUUGCCUACCUAUUCCACAAUUUCCCACUUACCAAAAACCUCACAUCUUUUAUUUUGGAAUUCAACCAAAAUUUUCUAAAAUUUCGUUUUUCUACUCUUAUUUCAACAUUUUUCAACCGAUUCAACCCAUUCCAACUUUCAACUGUUCAUCAUUUUCCUACCUAUUCCACAUUUACCAAAUACUUCACAUCUUUUAUUUUGAAAUUCACUCCCAAUUCCUUUUUCCCUUCUCAUUUCUACAUUUUUCAACCGAUUCAACCCAUUCCAACUUUCAACUGUUCAUCAUUUUUCUACCUAUUCCACAACUUACCAAAGAUUUCACAUCUUUUAUUUUGAAAUUCACACCCAGUUCCUUUUUCCCUUCUCAUUUCUACAUUUUUCAACCGAUUCAACUCGUUUCAACAUCAUUCUGCAGCAUUCCUUAAAUAUUUAUUCAACUUCUUCACCUUCACACGCAAUUCCUUCAGGAAUUGCAAAUUCUAGUUAGUGUGAAGGUGAAGACCUUCACACUAUUGUUAUUCCUGUACUUUAUUAGUGUGAAGGUGAAGACCUUCACACUAUUGUUAUUCCUGUCCUUUAUUAGUGUGAAGGUGAAGACCUUCACACUAUUGUUAUUCCUGUCCUUUAUUAUUAUUAGUGUGAAGGUGAAGGCCUUCACACUAUUGUUAUUCUACAACAUUUUGCGCUACCUUUUCGUUAGCUUUCUUUGGCGCUUAACUAGUUCCACAUACUUCAACCGAUUCACUCCAUUCCACUUUUCACUUAUUCCAAAAAUUCAUGGCAUGGGUGCUCACAGUUUUCUCGUUCCAAAAAUUUUCCGUUUUCACAUAAUUCACAAAUUUAUGGCGAUUUUUGCCCCAUUCAUUCUUAAUGGCAGAUUCAACAUUUCACAUUUACGUUGUUCCAGUUUGAUAUUCACAUAAUUCAACACAUUCAAAUCACAUUGGGGACAUUCCCAAACUUGCCAAAUUCAAAAUUUUCACGUUUUCACUUUUAAAAUUUGCAUAAAAUUUUGCAAAAUUUCAUAAAAUUUCGUUUUUCACUUCUAACUUAUACAUUUUUCCACCGAUUCAACUCGUUCCAACUUUCAACCAUUCAUCUUUUGCCUACCUAUUCCACAACUUCCCACUUACCAAAAACUUCACAUCUUUUAUUUUGAAAUUCAACCUAAAACUUCACAUCUUUUAUUUUGAAAUUCAACCCAAAUUCUCUAAAGUUUCCUUUUUCUACUCUAAUUUCUACAUUUUUCAACCGAUUCAACCCAUUCCAACUUUCAACUGUUCAUCAUUUUUCUACCUAUUCCACAACUUACCAAAUACUUCACAUCUUUUAUUUUCAAAUUCAUUCCCAAUUCCUUUUUCCCUUCUCAUUUCUACAUUUUUCAACCGAUUCCACCCAUUCCAACUUUCAACUGUUCAUCAUUUUUCUACCUAUUCCACAAUUUCCCACUUACCAAAAACUUCAUCUUUUAUUUUGAAAUUCACACCCAAUUCCUUUUUCCCUUCUCAUUUCUACAUUUUUCAACCGAUUCAACCCAUUCCAACUUUCAACUGUUCAUUAUUUUUCUACCUAUUCCACAACUUCCCAUUUACCAAAAACUUCACAUAUUUUAUUUUGAAAUUCACACCCAAUUCCUUUUUCUCUUCUCAUUUCUACAUUUUUCAACCGAUUCAACCCAUUCCAACUUUACACUGUUCAUCAUUUUUCUACCUAUUCCACAACUUCCCACUUACCAAAAACUUCACAUCUUUUAUUUUGAAAUUCACACCCAAUUGCUUUUUCCCUUCUCAUUUCUACAUUUUUCAACCGAUUCAACCCAUUCCAACUUUCAACUGUUCAUCAUUUUUCUACCUAUUCCACAACUUACUAAAAACUUCACGUCUUUUAUUUUGAAAUUCACACCCAAUUCUCCAAUAUUUCCUUUUCCCGUUCUCAUUUCUACAUUUUUCAACCGAUUCAACCCAUUCCAACUUUCAACUGUUCAUCAUUUUUCUACCUAUCCCACAUUUUUUUUAACCUAUUCCACAACUUACCAAAAACUUCACAUCUUUUAUUUUGAAAUUCACCACAAAUUCUCAAAAUAUUCUACAUUUCUCAAGUAAUUCAACAUGUUUCCACAUCGUUCGGCAGCAUUCCCCGAAGAAGUUAUUCAUACAUUUCGCCUUCACACGCAAUUUCUCCAGAAAUUGCAAAAUUCUAGUUACAAAGGAAACUUUGACUUUGAAGAAACCUCUAUGACGUUUCUUUGAUAAGUGCAUGUUGCAUUUGGUGUAAUGGCAUGAUACUGACUGAGUCUUUUCUGGAUCAACAGAAGCAAAUUCGAAAAAUGGCAACCCCAGAAAACACUCCUCAAGAUGCAUACAAUGAGCUGAGGGCCAUUUACAAGACGGAGCUGGCGAAAGCCCGUGCGGCUCUGGUCUUAGAGGCCACAGAGCGUGAACGUCUGCAGGUGGAGUUGUCCAAGCUGAGGAUUGAUUUUGACGAGCUGGAAGCAAGGGACACGAAGAAAGAAUCCGAUCUGGCUAAAGCCCGUGCGGCUCUGGUCUCAGAGGCCACAGAGCGUAAACGUCUGCAGGUGGAGUUUUCCAAGCUGAAGAUUGAUUUUGACGAGCUGGAAGCAAGGGACACGAAGAAAGAAUCCAAUCUGGCGAAAGCCCGUGCGGCUCUGGACUCAGAGGCCACAGAGCGUGAACGUCUGCAGGUGAAGUUGUCCAAGCUGAAGAUUGAUUUUGACGAGCUGGAAGCAAGGGACACGAAGAAAGAAUCCGAUCUGGCGAAAGCCCGUGCGGCUCUGGACUCAGAGGCCACAGAGCGUGAACGUCUGAUUUAA